UCAAGCGAUACCCAGUUAGGGUUUCAGUAUUAGCCACCGUCUUCCUCUUCUUCUUCGGCCUGCUUGAUUCUAAACCUAGCCGUGACGCCUGUUCCCUCGUCUGCAAGCGGUGGCUAACCCUAGAGCGCCUCAGCCGCACCACGCUCCGAAAACGGGCAGUCUUCAAAUUCCAACAAUGACCCAUCUUUCGUUUGCGAGAUAUGCGCGAAACCCAAGUCUGGAAGUGAGUUGUUUAUCAUCAAGGGUUGUAGCCAUUCUUACUGUUCCGGGUGCAUGGCCAGGUACGUUGCUUCAAAGCUUCAAGAUAACAUUACGAGGCUUCUCAUUUCUUCGUCGUUUGAAAAUGAAAAGGCCUCCUUCCAGCCCAUUAAGCCCCUUCUUCCCAAGAUAAAAAUGGCUAAGACGUUUUACCAGCACCGGCGACGCAGAACCAAUAGUGAAGAUUCUAUAUCUUCGUUAUCUGACAUCGAAGGCCGUCGAUCUUUGAGGCGUGAUGUUGGCCACGCCGCGGCCGAGACGUUCUUGCUCACUCGUCUGAGUUUAAAGCUUUUGAGAUAUCUUGGGGUAGGCUACAGAUGGAUGAAAAGAUUUCUUGCACUUGGUUGUUAUGCAUUGUUACUUGUACCAGGCUUUUGUCAAGUUGGUUACAACUAUUUCUUCUCCAGUCAGAUACGCAGGAGUAUUGUUUACGGCGAUAAACCAAGGAAUAGGCUGGAUCUGUAUCUACCUAAAAAUAGUGAUGGGCCAAAACCAGUCAUUGCAUUUGUAACUGGUGGAGUCUGGAUUAUUGGCUAUAAAGCAUGGGGUUCUCUUCUGGGUCAACAGUUAUCAGAAGGGGACAUUAUUGUGGCGUGCAUAGAUUACAUAGGCCAACUUUCUAACUCGAGAAGCAAAUGAAUGGUACAAAGAACCUGCUUCAGCAAGCGCUUGUAGCCCUUCAGACGAUUUCUCUCAUGAUUUUGACGAU